AUGGCCAGCGCUUUGCCAGCACCUGCAUCUCUGCAAGCGUGGCCUGCCCUUCGCUCUGGCGCGCAGCGAGCUCGGGCAGACCCUGCUGCUCUCAGCAGGGAACCCGUAUUUGCACGUGCCCCGCGCAGGCGUCAGCGGCCAGGCAGCGCGGGGGGCUUGCCAGGCGCGGGCACAGAGCCGGGGCCAUAUGGACAAGGGGAGAGACGGGGCAGAGGAAAGAAUCUGUUCUCGACUUUGUUUAUUUUUGCUGUGUGCAGCUGUAGUGGCAAGAAAGCGGGCAGCGGAGGGUAUGCUAGGGCAGAGCUGGGCUGCGCUCAGGGCGCUCCAGAGCGCCAGGCGCACGGACGAAGGCUAAUGGUGGCAGCUGGGGGGGCCGGGGGUGUUGAGGCAGGUUAUUUCGGGCGCGUGAGAACGGGCCUCGGGGCGAGAGGUCGGAGGGGUGCAGCUCCGGCCCCGGGUUUGCUUCCCCGCAGGACGUGCCUGCACUGGGCCUGCAAGCGGAACCAUGCCCGCGUGGUGUCCUGCCUGCUGGAGGCCGGCGCCGACAGGGCCAUCCUCACGGCCGCGGGAGAGCUGCCUGCCCAGCUGACGUCGAAACCGGACAUCAGGAAGAUUUUGGGAGAGGAAGAAAAUGAACGUCAAGAAGUGAAAGAUUUAAAUUUGCCAAUUGUUGCAAACUAUUUGGCCAAUCCACCAUUCCCUUACGUUUACGCUAAAGAAAGCAUUCCAGACAACUGGACGGAAUCCCAGAAUGAAAGUGCUUCCAUCUCUUCCGUUUCCCAGUGCGAAACUAGUCCUUGUUCAUCAGCAACUCAGGUUGAAAGCAUUUGCACACCUACACCACUGAACGGUGACGAUGAUUUUCCUGCAUUAGACACUGCACAACAGCUGCCCGCACCUUCGGCGACUGUCACAGCACCAAAACGCAUAAAGCCUAAUGUACGGAACGGCUCUAUUUGUCAACCGUCCUUGUCUCAUAAUAGAGGUCUGUUUUCUCCAGUAGCAUCGAAACAGGCUAUACCUCAGCAAACAAACGAUUCACCUACUGGUCCUGCGCCAACGUUUCAGCCUUUUUUCUUUACUGGAACUUUCCCAUAUAACAUGCAAGAACUUGUGCUUAAGGUAAGAGUCCAGAACCUCAGAGACAACGACUUCAUUGAAAUUGAACUAGACAGACAAGAACUGACCUAUCAAGAUCUGCUCAGAGUGAGUUGCUGUGAAUUGGGUGUAAAUCCAGAACAAGUAGAGAAGAUCAGGAAAUUGCCUAAUACACUGGACAAGGAUGUUGCCAGACUUCAAGACUUUCAAGAACUGGAAUUAGUUCUUGCGAAAAGCGACAACUCUCCUUUCAGAAAUGCUGCAUCUACUUUGCCCGAAAGAGCAUGCUACAAUAGUAGAGCAUCAAAGCUGACUUACUGACUCUUCUAGAUGAAUCUAGAAUGUGAAAACCUGGUAACUACAUGCUACUGCCUUUUGAAGGCAGUGAAUUGUGUGUGUGAAACCUUAAGUUAUUGUUAGGGUUAAUAUUUUAACUAAUAGUUUAUCUUUGAUAUUUAAUAUCCCCUUUGCUUUUAUUUUUUUACUUGAUGCUGUAUUCAGAUAAAGGAUACCUCAUUUGUCUACUAAAAAUCACAUGCUUCCAAUGCAGUUCAAUAAACUUUAUUAGUUGUAUUUGGCAACAAAGGUCAGGGAAAACUUAACUGUUGGUAUGAAAAGUAUGCUGAGUACUUGCACUCUUUGACCAGGUUACAGCGUUGUGGAAAACGAUUCAGGAAAUAGCAUAUAUUCUUUUUAAACUUCCUGAUUGAGUGAAACUUCAGAGGUUGUUUUGGCACUCUAAAAAAUAUAAUUUGGAAUUCCUUAAUCUCUUCCUAAAGUCUUAACAAGAUGCAGCGUCUUUUUUUUUCCAUUUCACCACAAACAACUGACAAGUUGAAGGCUUGCACUAGUGGGAGUUAGCAGAGGAACAUCGUCAAGCAUUUGACGUGGUGCUCUUCCUCCUGCCAGGCCCUAUUUUCCAUUGGAGGUAUGGCUGUCAAAUUCAUGUAUAGGUCCAGGACGGAAGUGCAAUAGUAGUGAGUUAAGUGCAACAGACAUUCCUUAUUAUUUGAGCCACGUCUAUACCAUGGGCACAGAGGCCAGAACUGCCUCUAUGCAAGCUUAACCCCAGAACUGCACCAGCAGCAGAGCACACCUCGAGCGCACAGAAGUCUUAUUUUCCUGCAGCACGACGUCAUCCUGGCUGUGUUGCUGCUAUAUAGAAGCUGGUACAUCUGCAAGAUACAGCACUAGGGCUUGUGCUUGUGUCGGCUUGCAGCUCUGCACCGCACGGCACUGCGUGAUGCAGACAGGUGGCCUUACUCUCCACCUAAACCAAGCCUAUUACCAGUAAGCGAUUCUGUCUGCUGGGAGUAGAAAUGUUUAAUGCUCACAAGUGACACGAGAAACAAUUUUUCACUGGGCUGAAAAUAAGACUAAUGGAGAAAAAUCAUGGACGUGUAAAUGGCUGUUUCUUCCUCCUAUAAUUGUAACUUACAUGAUGGGAUCCUCCCACCUCCAUUAAAAAAAAAAAAAAGCUGGAAGCAGCUCUUAAUUGCCAAGUAGUAAAAGUGGCAAAAAGUUAGUUAACAUGCCAAUUCCAAAAAAAAGCUUAUGCUUCACAAGGUAAGAAGAGGGCAUAGGGCUGAGGCUGUCAUUUUUUUUCCAACCUCUUGAGAAGACUGUACGUUACUUGCAUGUAAAGUCCCAAGUACUGGAAGUUAAGUUAACUUUAUGGCCAAGCCUCACGGAACAGUUCAGGGAUGCGUGGUUAGUUUCUGCUUGUGGGAGGAGUAGGAGAAGCACAAUAGUAUACUUUUGAGUUAUCACAAGCAUAAGGAAUGUACUAUGCUCUUGAUGAGCCAUACUAAACAGGGAACAUACAUACACAAAAUAGCAGAAAUGGAAAUUAGCACUGCGCCCCUGCAAGAAGAAAUAAGCUGAUUCUUUACUUUACAUUGCACAGUCUACUCUCACUUUUACACAGUGUCAAAUGUUUUAGCCAGGUGAGUACUGCAGUGGGCUGAAGGCCUCCAGGUGCUUUUGCUAAACAUUAAAAAAAAAAAAAAAACCAAAAAAAAAAAACCACCACCCUCAGACUUUAGUUAAGCUGCAGACUGCUUAACUUGCAUAUAAACAAAUCAGAAAAGAAACCAUUCAGUUGUGGUUUUAGGAAUGGCAAAUGUCAUCAUCAAAACAAAACGUGAAAUCAUUCCUCUCCACCCCAAUCAAAUUCUCUUACAGGUACUUAAGUAGCAGCAUUGUUGGAGCAUGAACAACCUGAAGUUUUUCCAAAUAACAUGGCAGUCUGCAAAGCUAUACCUUAAGAGGCCCUUUUUUUUUUUUUUUUUGGGGGGGGGGGUAACCCAAGCCCUACAGACAGUGAGACUCUUUGCACCAAAAACUUUUAUUGGGUAUGUAGGGGUUUUUUUUUGUUUUUUGGAUAGGAGCUUUUUUUAAAACAAAACAAAACAAAACAAAAACCAGUAUCGACCUUUGGUUUAUUAAGCUGCAUCAGAGCAAAGUCUUUAUGCAUAGCUGGAACAGUGCUGAUCUCAACUGUAGUGUUGAUGUUCAGACCACGUAUAGUACAACUGUGUUUUGGCAGGAGCAGCAUGGCUGCCACAUACUUUCUUCGCUUCCUGUGGAGGAGCUGCUUUAUCCUUGAAGCAGGCUCCUCCAGGGGCAUGUUGUGAGGUUAGCACAAGCAGGCAUGUCAGAAGACUAUGACUAUCCCCUUCUGCCAACAGAACAGAAGCUUGUUUCGAUGUUCAGGAUAUUACAAA